AUAGGCUUAUGAGUUGGCAUUGUGCGUUGUUUGUGAGCGAGUAGGUCUGUGCAAACCCAGAUAAAAACGUGAAUAUUAUUUCUUAUCGCGUAAAACAAUGUCGUCGACCGAGGAAGUGGCUGCAAAGGAAGAUCUAAAAGGAGGGCAUCCACCAGCAGUUAAGGCAGGAGGAAUGCGAAUUGUCCAGCAUAAAAAAGAGCUGGAGAAAGAUGAAACUCCACAGAUGACACCAGAAGAAGAGGAGGAGUACGGAAGCAGCCCUCCAAAGACAGAUACACACCAUUCUACAGCUGUGGUUUCUGGAGCGGUAACAAAGGGUGACAAGGAUUUUCCUCCUCAGGCAGUAAAGCAUUUCCACACUAAACCACAACCAACCCAUGAAAAGCCACGGCCAGCGCAGGUGCAGCAGCAUAUUUUCCAGCCAAGAUAAACCCUGUCUCUAGUCUUGCCAGCAUAUGGCAGUGUGGAGCCUACCUUCACAUGUGGUCCACUUCUGCUUCAUUCCUUGUGUUCCUAAUAUGUUUGAGCAUUUUCUUUAAGCUGACACAAGUCUGUGUGCUACUUCACUCCCUUAUCAGUGGUGUAUGCACUCAUCUGUUCAGCAGGCAUCAUAGUGGUCAACUUUUGACUAUAAACAUAAUUAUAAAACAAAUGUUGAAGAAACUUCAUCUUUCUUGACUAAAACGCAAAUCAGUUCAUGAGAUGUAAAGCAUACUAUUUCAUCUUGCCUGUGCUUUAUAUAAAACGUUUAAAAGUCUUUAUUUACUCUAAUUUAAAACUCUUCUUAUAGGUGGAGGCUAUUUAAAAAGAAGAAAACAUAUCAGAUCAUUUAAAAGGUUUGAACAGAAGAUAAAUGACCACCUGAGGGUGGGCUAGGCAUAUUGUUUGUGAACAUGAUUUAAUUAAUUUUCAUGAAUAUUAUUGUAAUGUAACAUUCAGCUCUUGAUUAGUGGCACUUGUACUAUGAAAUUUUUCUUUGUGACAUUUGAAAAUCAGAAGAAUUAAGUUCAUACUAUAAGCAGUCAAGACACAUUGGAUAAGGUUCACAUAUUAGGGGAUUAGACUUGGUCUUCUUAACAUGAAUUGUCCUUUGUGAUUGUUAUGCUACUCUAGUUCACAGGGUCUUUAGUUGUAGUUGUCUGUGGGAAUGCAUAAUUUCCAAAAGCACAUUUUUGUUGGUGUGGGGUUUUACUGAAACAAUUUACUUCAUUUUUUCAAACAAAUUUCUUAGUGCCAUAUUAUUCACCAAAUCACUGCUUAAAAACAGAUAAUAGCAAUAUUAUGAAAUGUAUUGAGCAUUGUUCACUCAGUAAUCACAAAUUGGAAGGUGUCAUGCAUCCAAGAAUACACACAUUUUUUCCUUUUUAGAAAAGUCAGCAGAAUUUAUUUUGUCUCACUCUUGUUAAAAUUAUGUAAAUCCCUUUUUUGGGUUCAUUGCUUUUUCUUUCACAAUGGCAAGAUUAUAUUAUCUUUAGCUUUGUUUUUAUUAAGUUUUACUGGUAAAAAGAUUCAAGCCAUUUACAUUGCAUCAAUACUUCUUCUGCUUGGUUCUUAAGUUUAAAAAUUUACUGUUAAUCAGAUACUUUGAUUUCUCUGAUAAAAUGGUAUGGCCAAGACUUCAUGAUAAAAAGCAUUUUCCUUUUAAGGAAAGUUAUCAGUAUAUUUUAUGGCUGUGACAUGACCUUUGUCACUGUUGUAAUUAAUGAAAGUUGGAAGUUUUUGUCAUAAAUGCACAAUAAAUAUUUCUUAGAUUAUUGUGUUGCCUACUGCUGCUAAGUAUUUUGAAAAAAUGUACAGCAGAUUAUAUCAAAAUGUUGAAAUCAUAACUUUUCUAAAAGGAAAUUCAUUUAAAAAGUAAAUGAAUCAGUGGUUUUAUUUUUUUAAGAUAUUGUCAGUGGUUUUUUCCCAAGCAACCAUAAACUACAGCAUGUUGCAUCUGCAUUUUCUGUUACAUUAAUGAUUUGUUUUGUCUGCUGAAAUAAAAAAAACCUUCCACACAAAA